GGAAAAGUGAAUCCCAGAAAACCCAUUUGUAACAGCAGCAGGCAGACGAAAAGCCACGCAGAGACAGACACACAGUGGGUGGGUGAGAAAAGGACCCAUAAGGGCGGAAAAGGGCAGAAGAAGAGAGUGAGAAACAAGAAAUAAAACAAAGCAGAGUUGAGAAGAAAAGGAGGAGGCUUUCUGAGAUAAGGGGGUUUAGAGCAAGAGAUUUUAUGUCGGCAAGUUUUGAUUUGGCUGUUGCGUUUGGGGCUCCGUUGAAGCUCUGUUUCUCAUUAGUCUCUUCAUCAUCUGUUAACUGCAUGCCAAGAUCCCUCUGCUGCGCCCUCCAGCAGAGCAACCUCACUUUCUUCCCGACUGUUUCGAUGCGUUUGAGGCCCAAAAGGACUUGUUCUGGAGUCGUUUGUUUUGGGGGUUAUCACAUAAAUCGGCUAUUAAAUCUUUUCUUGUUCCUGAGAGGUCCUCUCACUUAAUUACUCAUUGGUUGAAGCCCUUUGAUCUUCAUUUCCAUCGUUUCUUUGCCUUUGUUGUUUGAUUGAUUUAUUACUUUGGAGGGUACAAUUUCUUGGGUAUUCUUUUGAGGGGUUUUGGAGUAGUUUUAACUGUGAAAAAUCAUGCCAGAGCCUCGAAAGCCAGUUCCUUUGAAUAAAGAAACUAUAAGCAGAAAGCAAAAGUUUAAGCCUGAACCAAGUAGACCUAUGAGGAAAGUCCGGAUUAUUUGCAACGACCCUGAUGCUACCGACUCAUCCGAUGAUGAGGAAGUGAGAGAGAAGAAGGUCAAGCGCAUCAUCCAUGAAGUUUGUUUGCCUAUUGGUGAGCCGACUCGAGUAUCAAAAUCCACUGAAUCCGAGAGUUCAGUUCAGGAUAGCAACAAUGGUGAGAAAAGCUCCAAGAAGAAAAGGGUUCUUCCCUUGAUUGAAAGCAAGCCGAGCCCGGUUACAGGGAAAUACAGAGGCGUUCGCCAGCGCAAAUGGGGCAAAUGGGCUGCUGAAAUACGGGAUCCUAUUCAGCAUAAGAGGGUCUGGUUGGGUACUUACAAUACCGCUGAGGAGGCGUCGAGAGCUUAUGAAUUGAAACGGCUGGAAUUCGAGGCAUUGGCUAAUAGCACGGACUUCUCAUCUGAAAAGAGCUCGAAUGAUGAGAAUGAUACACCUGUUUGUUCUGUUGUGGUUUCUAAACCAACUGAGAACCUGAAGCAGCAAAAUGAUGCUGCUCUUUGUGUAUCUGAGGAUUCCAGUGGGAGCGCUGUCUCACUCACUUCACACACUUCUCCAUCAUCAGUUCUUGAAUUGGAUUCAUUGACCUCGGCUGUUAAUGUUAAAUGUGAGGAUGAGAAGCCUAUUGAUGCAUCCGCGGAGGCUAAUGUUGUCGAGCAGGAAGUAACAGUAGCUGAUACUGGACUAAUGGAUGAAGAACUGAUGGCACUGGCACAAAUUGGAGAAGAGUUAGAUUUGGAUAUGGAACUUCAUUCUCUUGUGGCAGGUGGUGAUUUUGCCCCUUCACUGGAUGAUUUUGUGGAUGGAUUCGAUGAUCUCCCAAUAUGUGGGUUCGAUGAUGGUGAUAAUCCUGGUGCAUUGCCCGAUUUUGACUUUGAUUUUGAUCUUGAUGCUUGCAACGAAGCGUUUGCCUGGAUGGAUGAUGCACCAACCCUGAUGAGUGGAGCAACCCUCAACAUAGCAUGCCCAUAAGUUUUGCAGCUAGUAGGUUUUUUAUGAGUCUUGGUAUUUAUUAAGUUGAGUGUUAUGAAGAACUGGACAAUUCAGUUCUGAGAUGUUCUUGUGAUUUGUUUGUUUGUUAAGAGGGAUUUUGUGGUGAGGGAUGUGAUGAUGAUGUUCAUCUUUCAUCUUUGUAUUGUUAGGAGUUUGGAGAGUCCUUUGGGUUUUCUUGUGCUAUUAGAGCCGUCCAAGGGGGCUUCAAGCCCAGUCAGUCAGUGGUUCAGCUGUUGCAGCAGAGUCUUUAUUACUAGUUAUUUCUUCAUCCCCGUCUUUCUGUUUUUGGUCUAAACAUGAGAUGAUGUUUAAGUUCAA